AUGCCUGUGCCAGUGCUUCUGAGAGUCGGCCCAGUGUCGGCUCUCACCCUGUUAUACCUACAUACAAAUAUUACCAAUAUCAUGAUAGUUAAGAGGUUUUGGCACUCACAGUUUUAUCAAAUUCUGACACCAGGUAGAAACAUGGAUCUAGGAAUAGAUAAUGAAGGAUUAGAUUUCCAGCAGUUAGAAGAUUAUAUCUCGGGUGAUAAUAAUAUGAAUCACAAUUCUCAUACAAAUUUAGUUUUCAGUAUUACUGGCUACCAGAGCACUUUUCAAAAUAGAUAUUGCCGUCAAUAUGGACUGUAA